CUGUGGCUUUGGAUUCUUCUGGCAAUUCGUGCUUUCCAGCUUUUCAUGGCCAUGGCUAUAUGUCUAACCAUAAACCCAUAACCUCAUUCAGUGGGAAAGUUUAAGAAUUGGCUAAAAGGGCUUCAUGCCCUUCCCUUUUGGCUUUCUGGGUUAGAAAGUUUUGUGGGUACAGACUGAUUCAGAGAGAAAGUGAGAGAGAAAGAGAGAGAGAGAUGUGGAGGAUGGAAGGCUGGUAGUGCUGUUCAUCAGCAUCUGUGUUCUGGGUUUAAUCCCCAUUGCCAUCAAUGGCGACACGGAUCCAAGUGAUGCUGCUGCUCUAAGGGUAAUGUUUGGCAGCAUGAAUUCACCAUCCCAGCUAGGUUGGCCUGCAAGUGGUGAUGAUGCAUGUGGACAGCACUGGAAGGGCAUUAGUUGCUCAGGCAACCGAGUCACAGAGAUCAAGUUACCUGGCCUUGGACUAACGGGAACACUAGGCUACCAGUUACAAACCUUGACAUCUGUGAUCAACCUGGACAUGAGUAAUAAUAAUCUUGGAG